GUUGGAGCUUACUGUUACGCGGAAUUGGGAACUAUGAUCAGGAAGAGCGGAGCUGAUUACGCUUACAUCAUGGAGACUUUCGGGCCUUUCUGGGCUUUCGUCAGGUUGUGGAUCGAGUGCAUGAUCGUGAGGCCGUGCUCUCAAGCUAUUGUCGCUUUGACCUUCAGCGUUUACGUGAUGAAGCCCUUCUUCCCCGAAUGCCAACCUCCGGAUGAAGCUGCCAGGAUGCUCGCCAUUUGCUGCAUAUGUAUUUUGACGUUUGUUAACUGUUACGACGUCAAAUGGGCAACGAGAGUACAAGACGUCUUCACCUACGCAAAACUACUUGCAUUGUUCAUCGUCAUCGGAGCCGGAAUCUACCAAUUGAUGAACGGCCACGUGGAACACUUCUCCUUCAUCAACACAAAAACUGAAGUAACAUCGCUAGCUUUAUCCUUCUACUCGGGAUUAUUCGCCUACAAUGGAUGGAAUUACCUCAAUUUCAUCAUUGAAGAGCUCAAGGAUCCGGUUAGGAAUUUACCUUUGGCUAUUGCCAUUUCUUGCACUUUGGUGACCAUAGUUUACGUCCUCACAAACGUAGCCUUUUACACGACUUUAUCACCUGCUGAAGUUCUCGGAUCCGAGGCUGUGGCGGUGUCUUUCGCUAACAGAUUGUUCGGACCUUUGGCAUGGACAAUCCCCGUUUUCGUGGCUUUAUCGACGUUCGGAGCUGUCAACGGUAUCUUGUUAACUUCGUCUCGUCUCUUCUACGCCGGAGCCUGUCACGGUCAGAUGCCCGAAAUCUUAACUAUGAUCCAAUCCAAGAAGUUGACACCAACGCCUGCUGUCUUAGCUAUGGCUUUACUCUCCAUGUUAUACUUGACAUCAUCGAACAUCUUUGCUCUCAUCAAUUACGUCGGUUUUGCCACUUGGUUGAGUAUUGGAGCGUCAGUGCUUUGUUUACCUUGGUUGCGAUGGAAACAACCGAACUUGGAGAGACCUAUCAAAGUGAACCUGAUCUGGCCUAUCCUCUAUCUCCUAGCAACGAUCUUCGUAACGGCUGUACCCAUGAUCGCGAGUCCCGUGGAAACGGGCAUCGGUAUCCUGAUGAUCCUCACCUCGGUUCCCGUGUACAUGGUCUUCAUCAUGUGGAAAUCGAAGCCUCGAUGGUUCACAAAGUGCACGGGAUGCAUCACGGAACUUCUGCAGAAGGUCUUCGUCGUCGUGGGAAAAUCGAAGUCGGCUCAGCUGUAAACAAGCGAAGCACAACCAAAACAAAACAAGAAAAAACAGACGACCGGGAAACGCGCUCACAAUGUUGUUGUACAUUCCGUAAUUUAUUUAUGUAAUAUUUUCCUCCCUCUCCCCCUCAGUUUACGUUCCGUUACGUGUUAUUAUUUUAAAAAAAAAAACAACUUUUUUUUUUCUAUUUCGUACUUUUUUUUCUACACUUGUUAUUUAUUGCCUCUCUCGUUAGUUAGUGUUUGGAAGAAAGGUGGAUGGAUGAAAGCGGUAUUAUGAAACGAAAGAAAUAUAAGGAGCACCACGUUUGGUGGUAGAAAAGCUGUCAUCGGACAAGAUGCUUCCAAAAAACUGGGAAUGGCUGCAGUUUUUUCGAAACAUAUCAUCAUCAUCAACAUCAUCACAAAUGGAUACUGUUUUAUUUAUUUUGGUUUGUUUUCCGUUGCGAUCGAUUGGGAAGUGUUGUCUGGUGAUCGACAAGGAGAAAGAUGUGUUUUUAUAGGAACCAAAAAGGAUAAUUAUUAUUAUUAAUACAGGAAUUUAAAAAAAAUAUGCGAUACUGCCCUGCCUCCGCCGCGUGACCACUCAGAACGAAUAUUUUUUAUAAAAAUGUUUGUAGUGAAUCUUUUUUUUAGAUGCUUUUUCGCCACCAAAAGAAAACGUGCUCGGCUACAGAUCGACAAUAAUAUAUCAUGUUUGUACGCCUGUAACAGAAGUAAUUAAAUAAAUAAAUAUUGAGAGAAAAACAA